CGCAGCGUCAUGCAGAAGUACCUGGAGGACCGAGGAGAAGUGACGUUCGACAAGAUCUUCACGCAGAAGAUCGGUGAGCUGGGGGCACAGGACUUUGCUUUUAACCAGGCAGAGGAGGCCAAACCCCUGAUGGAGUUUUAUGAGGAGAUCAAGAAGUACGAGAAGCUGGACUCGGAGGAGGAGCGAACUGCCCGGAGCCGCCACAUCUUUGACCAUUAUAUCAUGAAGGAGCUGCUGGCCUGCUCCCACCCCUUCUCCAAGAGUGCCACAGAGCACGUCCAGAGCCGCCUGAGCAAGAAGCAGGUACCUCCAGACCUUUUCCAGCCCUACAUUGAGGAGAUCUGCCAGAACCUGCGUGGGGGCAUCUUCCAGAAAUUCAUCGAGAGUGACAAGUUCACGCGGUUCUGCCAGUGGAAGAAUGUGGAGCUGAACAUCCAUCUAACCAUGAACGACUUCAGCGUUCACCGAAUCAUCGGUCGCGGCGGUUUUGGGGAGGUCUACGGCUGCCGGAAAGCGGAUACAGGCAAAAUGUACGCCAUGAAGUGUUUGGACAAAAAACGCAUCAAGAUGAAGCAGGGCGAGACCCUGGCCCUCAACGAGCGCAUCAUGCUGUCCCUCGUCAGUACUGGGGACUGCCCAUUCAUUGUCUGCAUGUCGUACGCCUUCCACACACCCGACAAGCUCAGCUUCAUCCUCGACCUCAUGAACGGAGGAGACCUGCAUUAUCACCUGUCCCAGCACGGCGUCUUCUCAGAGGCAGAGAUGCGCUUCUAUGCGGCUGAGAUCAUCCUGGGCCUGGAGCACAGGCACAGCCGCUUUGUGGUGUACCGCGACCUCAAGCCGGCAAACAUCCUCCUGGACGAGUUUGGGCACGUCCGCAUCUCGGACCUGGGCCUGGCCUGUGACUUCUCCAAGAAGAAGCCCCAUGCCAGUGUGGGCACCCAUGGGUACAUGGCUCCGGAGGUGCUGCAGAAAGGAGUGGCAUACGACAGCAGCGCUGACUGGUUCUCACUGGGCUGCAUGCUCUUCAAACUGCUCCGGGGGCACAGCCCCUUUCGGCAGCACAAGACGAAGGACAAGCACGAGAUUGACCGUAUGACCCUCACCAUGGCCGUCGAGCUGCCAGACUCCUUCUCUCCUGAGCUGCGCUCCCUGCUUGAGGGGCUGCUGCAGCGUGACGUCAACCGGCGGCUGGGCUGCAUGGGGCGCGGGGCUCAGGAGGUGAAGGAGGAGCCCUUCUUCAAGGGCCUGGACUGGCAGAUGGUUUUCCUGCAGAAGAGCGACCCCGAGCUGGUGCAGUGGCGGAAGGAGCUGCGGGACGCCCAGCGCCAGGCCCAGCAACUGCUGCA